AUGUCCCCAACUACAUUAGUCACCUUUCGUGUCCGAGCACCACGUACAACACGAAUCCUAGAACUCUAUGGCUCAUGGGACAAUUUCGCCAUGCCGUAUGCCAUGAGCAAGGACCUCCAAAUCGGGUCCGAGUACUGGUCGGGAUGCUUCAAUUUUUCCAAUAUCAUUUGUGAUGGAAGGCCAGGUGAUGUCAUGGCAUCAAGAGACGGCGGGCUCAAGAUGGGUGGAACGUACUGGUAUUACUACAAAGCAGAUUUCGAUAUCGAUUUCCAUAACGUUUGCGAGCGGGCCACCAACAAUUGUCCGCUUAUGCCUGGCCAACUCGUCAACGUUCUACAUGUACCCUUCGCCAUGAGUGAGAGGAGGUCACGCAAUCCUAGUGCGGACUCAACUAGUUCAGAGCGCCGCACAAUGAACCCUGAAGACCGAUUUAUAAAUCCUCGACCUGCUCCAGCCAAGCCGGUGACGCUGCGUGUGAAGACGUCUCCGAUCAUCAACGACUUCUCCGAUACCGACUCUGCUGCGACGAAGGAGGCACCAAACGCUAGCAGGUUUCUGCGCCUUCCAAAGAAAGCUUCUGUUGACUCUCAGACCUCCUCACCUAGCAGUGCUCUCACUGGUGGGCUACGAGCAGCAUUCAAGAUUCGUACUGCUCGCUCUCAAAGCCCUGGCUGCUCCGCAGAGAACGGCCACUAUCGAGCAGUGUCUGCAGAACGCGAUCCCAGGAGAGAUCGUAAUCAAGCAGAACCGGAACGCUUCAAAAUACCCGCGCGCGGUCUUCUUCUACGAUCCACAUCCGAGGAGUCAGUUCCCACCCUCUCGUUUGAGCAGCAUCGUCAACAAAGAUCACGGCUGCGAGAGGCUUCCUCAAGCGAGAAUACCUCCCCUGUUUGUUCACGACCUCAAAUUGAAUCAUUAAAUUUGGUCAAGUCGAGCCAGGCUCCACUCGGAACUUUCAGCGAAGCUAUAUCGGCCAAGAUCACUCCGAUCGACGAAGAAUCUGAGACGGAUGCAAUUGCGAAAAUGAGCAUCGAUCUCCAGAAACGGCUACCGACACUUCCCAACACGCCUUCGAGCGCAUAUCCACCGAUCACCACAAUCGAUACAGAUGCCGAUCUGGAGCGAAGCCAUUUCUCAGCAUGGACAACAACUACCAACGCUCCAUCGGUCUUCAUCAAUUCUUCCGUACCUUUGCCUCUGCCUCGAAACCCUGCUCCUUGCAAUCCUGCAAAAAAUGAUGCCCCUCAAAUCACGGGCUUCCUCCCGUCCUUUGAUAGUCUGGCCAGCAUGAGCUCUAGCACAAGCAGCACCCCAUCUAUAUCUUUCUUUGAUAUAGACGCUGAGUUUGAGAACGCUCAAAAUCCCACAAAACAUCAGCCUCUACAAUAUAGUCUGCCAGAGGACGAUUACAAAUCACCAAUCAUCUCAAAGCCAACCUUCGAGUCGUUUCGUGGACGGGCUGGUAAUCCGGCCAUCAUGAAUACUGAACAGCACAGCAGCGUCAAUUCUGACCAUGCAGAAAUUGUACACUCAGAGAGCAUGCAACGUCUUUUGGCCGAGUUGAGCUAUUUAAGUGACAUGAUACAACACUAG